UCCAAUCUCUAUUCCCACGUAGAGCACUUCGCGUACAAUGCUAUUAUGAUUGUUACUAGGGUCGCAAGGCCAUUCCUAUUACAAGGCCUUCAAUCUUUCUACAGCUCCUCAAGCGCUCUACCUCCAACGAAAGCAAGUUACUCAAGCGCAACAAUUAACAGACUCUGGAAAUCAAAGGGAGAACUCUCCGCCCGAGUACCAACAGACCAAGUCAUUCCAUUCCAUGCACUAGACGAUGGGUAUGUCAACCGCAAUGUCGUCAUGGAGGCUAGUUAUCGUUUUGACGAUGUUCUCGACGUCAAUCGACUCCGAUUGGCCUUGCACCGUCUGAUGCAACGAGACGGUUGGAAAAAACUCGGCGCCAGGAUCCGCCAGAAUAAACAAAAGAAGCUUGAAUACAUUCUCCCUUGUAAAUAUGACGACAAACGACCCCCUUUUUUAUGGUUGCAUGAAAAGUUCGAGCAGAGCAUAGCUGAACAUCCAAAGGCUUCACAGCUUCCGAGAGCAAGUCACACGCCAAAGAUCCAUGAGGAUCCGCAUCUUAUGCAGUCGUUUUUGCACCAUUCAGGCCGUCCAAGAAAGCUGGCAGAUUGGCUCAACAGCGAUAAUCCUCCAUUGUCGUUCAAAAUUCUAUCCUUCCAAGAUGCCACUAUUCUUUCUAUCAGCUGGCCCCAUUGUGUAUUUGACGGUAUAGGAAGAGCGGCAUUCAUGAAUGCAUGGCUUGCUGAGCUGAAUGGCCUCGCAAUUCCAGAGUUCGUCGGCUUCGAUCACGAUCCUAUGAGUCUGUUGAUUGGAGAAGUUCCUGGAGAGCGAUACGUUCUGAGAUCUCAAAUGCUGACUGGCUAUCGACUAUUUUUCUUCGUGCUUAGGACGAUAUUUGACCUUAUACUGCAGCCAAAAUCUGAGCCUCGAAUCCUUCAAAUCCCAGAUCGAUUCUUGCAGAAACUGAAGCAAGAGGCUGUUGCAGACUUGAGUAAGGAACGCAAGGGAGGCGAUGCUGUAUUUGUGAGUAAUGGGGAUGUUCUGUUGGCUUGGUGGGCACGCACAGUGGUGUCCUCACAAAAUCUGGCUGUUUCGCGUCCUGUCGCAAUCGGGACCGCGCUGAACCUAAGAAAGGCUCUGGAAAAGGACCUUCCAAGCGGCACUUUUGUAGGGAAUGCUGUCAGUACCGCCUUCGCGUUCCUGACAGCCCACGAACUCGCAACAAUACCGUUGGGCAGUAUUGCACUUCGAAUACGGCGAGCUAUCCAACAGCAGCGAACCACUGAGCAAGUGAAAGCACAGUUGACUUUGAUGGACUUCUAUGGCCGCCAGCCGCUUGCAGGGCCGUGGAAUAUGUUGCCGCUAGUUCUCUCUCAAUCAAAUAGUCUUGGUUUCUUCGACCUCGACUUUUCGUGCGCUGUUGUUCGACAAGGUCUUCCCAAUGAUAGAAGGAGGAAUCAGGUGGGAAGACCGUCGUAUAUUCACCUGACUCAUCAGCUGAACGGUAUACCUGGAAGAAAUGCAGGAAGUGUCCUGGGCAAAGACGCAGGCGGGACCUGGUGGAUUUAUUUCGACCUUCCUGUUAAAGCUUGGAAGGGUGUGUAUCAGAAGCUAAGAGCGCUAGAAGGCUAGUGUACGAGAACAGUAAUAAGCUGAGCAUCCCUUAAAGCCCAAAGUGACGCUCUGCACAACCGAGCCCCAAUGACACAAUAAGAUUAAUAAGAUUAGAUUUGACUGAGAUAUAUAAUAUAUUGGUUACCCCUCA